ACACUUGUUCAACACGGAUUAGAAGCUUCGUUCAUUGCCUUCUUGUGCCUAUAUAUCUACGCUUUUCCUCUUCUUUUGCGUGUCCUUGUUAAUUUAUCCUUUUUUUCAUUUACUUUCUUAAUUUCUUGAGUCUAGGUCUCAGCUUUGAAUCCCAACUGAAAAUGAAGAAAGUGGUGUUGAAAUUGGACCUCCAUGAUGACAAGGGGAAACAAAAGGCCAUGAAAGCUGUUUCGGGCUUAUCAGGAAUUGAUUCCAUUUCAAUGGACAUGAAGGAGAGGAAAUUGACAGUAGUUGGAGAUAUUGAUCCUGUUGAUGUGGUGAGCAAGUUGAGAAAAAAUUGGCACACAGAGAUUUUGACUGUUGGACCAGCUAAAGAGGAGAAGAAAGACGACGGCAAGAAAGACGAAGGCAAGAAAGAUGAAGGCAAGAAAGACGAAGGCAAGAAAGACGAAGGCAAGAAGGAAGGUGAUAAAAAGAACCCUAACGAACAACAGAUGGCUGAUCUCAUGGCACUAUACAAAAACUACUACAAUUACAAUCCUUGCCCACCUCCGUAUCAUUACCGUGUCGUACGAGAAGAGGAGAAUCCAAAUGCUUGUGCUAUCUGUUAAAAGAAAAGGACAUGGUGGUGAGACUUUUGACAGGAAAAACAAAAAGAAAGAACAACUUGGAAGCACAACGGAGAUGAGCCCAAAAAAGCAGGGUGCUUGUUUUGUAUAGUCUAUGACGAUGGGUUUGAUUAAAGUAUAAGGCUUAAUAGUCAAGAGAUGUGUACAGAAGACUAACAGAAAAUAAACGAAUUUUGGUUUCAAAA